CCCUCUUUUUUUCAUUUUAUUUUAUUUGGCGCCUGGCCUUUGUUCCAUCACUUUACCACAACUCCAAAAUUUCUGGCAACAUUCCUUUAUUCUCUCCAAUAAACCCUAUUAUACUCAACUAUUUCUCUCUCUUACAACCAACAACAACCGACGGUUACCAAUGGGAGCCUUCCGUACCACCGGUAGCACCACCGCCUCGCCGUCGAUGGAGGACCGCCGUUUAUGGAAGCACGUUCACGAUAAUGUUCACGGAAACAUCUAUCUCGAUCCUCUCUCACUGAAAUUUAUCGACACUGAGCAGUUUCAAAGGCUUCGGGAUUUGAAGCAGCUUGGUUUAUCACACAUGGUCUAUCCUGGAGCAGUACAUUCUCGCUUUGAGCAUUCUGUUGGUGUUUACUGGCUUGCUGGUAACGCAAUUGAAAAACUGAAGGCACACCAAGGCUUAGAGCUUGACAUUGAUCAUGCGGAUAUACAGACCGUAAAACUGGCAGGUUUACUGCAUGAUGUUGGUCAUGGGCCAUUCAGCCAUUUGUUUGAGAGAGAGUUUCUCCCUCAGGUUAUUCCUGGCUCCACAUGGAGUCAUGAAGAAAUGUCUUUGAAGAUGAUAGAUCAUAUGGUUGAUGAGCACAACAUCGAUAUUGAUUCUGGAUGUCUAAAGAAAGUGAAGGAGAUGAUCAUUGCUAGUUCUGAAAAUGCUGCAACAAAAACUUCCAAAGAGAAGCUUUUCUUAUAUGACAUUGUUGCAAAUGGUCGAAAUGGCAUAGAUGUUGAUAAAUUUGAUUACAUUGUUCGUGACUCUCGAGCUUGUGGUCUUGGCUGUAACUUUCAGUUCGAAAGGCUGUUGGAUACUAUGCAAGUCAUAGACAAUGAAAUAUGUUAUCGUGCAAAGGAAUAUCUGACGGUCCACAAACUAUUCUACACUCGUGCUGAUCUGCACCGUACAGUCUACACACAUGCAAAAGUGAAGGCGAUAGAACUCAUGUUUGUAGAUGCUCUUGUUAAGGCAGAUAACUAUCUACUUGUCUCCUCAUUCAUUCAUGACCCAUCUCAGUACUGGAAGUUGGAUGAUUCAAUAAUAAAGACAAUUGAAACUGAUGAUGCUGAUGAACUUAAUGAAUCAAGAGAUCUGAUCAAGAGAAUUAGGAGAAGAGACCUAUACCAGUUCUGCAAUGAGUUUACUGUUCCCAUGGAUAAGCUGGAGCAUUUCAAAUAUGUGACUGCACAGGACAUAGUUUGUUCACAGAAAUCUGGUGGCAUUAAUCUAAGAGAAGAAGAUAUAGCAGUCAGUAAUGUCAAAAUUGAUUUGACUAAAGGAAGAAACAAUCCACUUGAAAGCAUCAACUUCUUUGAGGAUUAUGAUAGUAAAGAGAAAUUCCCGAUUAGCAAAGAUCAGAUAAGCCACUUGCUGCCAGCAUGUAAUCAGGACUUGAUAGUGAGAGUGUACUCCAAGAAGCCUGAACUGGUGGAGGUUGUUUCUCAAGCAUUUGAGAAUUUCCAGCUAAAGAUGUAUGGGAUGAAGGCGCAAGUACAUGGAACUCCUGAAAGGAAGAGGCGUAGGAUCUUUUCAGGCUAUCCAAAUUAGAAGGUGAAUACGUGCUGUGCAAAAUAUAUACUUACACAGACAGCUACACUUACCCUUGUUUUUGGUCUUCUGGAUAGAAUUUAGCUACAUAGAUAAAUAAAAAAAACUCAGGAAUAUUAUGCUCUUGUAACUACUUCAGGUAUAACCACUUAAUACGGUUGUAAGGAUGCUUGUAUGUUGAUAUAGCAGAAAAAAUGGUGAUUUCGUCGUUAUUGUUGGUUACCUGUAAUAAAACGGUGAUUUUCCAA